GCCAAGCUCCGUUUGCAACCUCAUUUAAGGUCGACGGGAUCUUACAGGAACGACAAACCGGGGAUUAUAUGAGAAUCUCGGUGCAGGUCGAUCAUCUAGGUACUUACCUGCAUCAAACUGAUUAGAUCUUAGAAGCAAAAAAGUGCGUUCUAGUUUUUCCAUAGCGAAGAGAUGCGCGCCUAUAUAUAAGACUAUUCGCCGGUAACAAUGUCAUUCUACUCAUACCUAGGUAGGAAAAUCGGUUUCUAAAUUCUUUAUAAAAAUGUGUUCUACAUACUUCAUCUCCAACUCGGCCAAGCUUUGCCUAAUGCCCGCCUUCUUUCUCAUUCUCAGAUACAUCACUUCGAAUCCUAUUAUCCUUGUAAUAUGUCUCUUUGGUAGCCUCAUAUUCAUUACUUUAAGUCUCUCCAAUAACUCAAAAGCAACUGCCCUAAAUCGUGUAAGAAUACAUCGAAGUAUCGCUAAAUUUGACGUUCCGGGAAUAAACAGCCUUGUCGACAAGCUCACAUCUAGAGCCAUACCUAACCGAAGGCUAGUUGAAGCCUUCGGAAUAAAUAAUUCCUUCACUACUGUUGAUCGAGGCGUCCAUGAAAGAUUCAUAGUCUCAGCUAAAGCAGUUAUACUUAGCAUGAACCAACAAAAAUGGUCUACCUUCUUUGCCGUGUCGCAAGCAGCCGUUCGUCAGGCAUUCGAUAUUCUUUCAGCAUCUCAGCAGUCGUUGCCAUUAGCAGCCACCGUCCGAUUUACCGUUUUUUCGGCCAUUAUAUACCAGUUCUUCGACGUCAGGCUUGAUGAUACCAACUUCGCUGAUGCCGAUGAGGCAACGCGUCUCAUCAAUAACCUUUGGGAACACUCGAAGAACCUCGAAGCAGCAGGGCCAGAAUUGCGCCAGGAGCUUGAUCGCCUUCAGAAUGCCCUGAGACGUUUGCUUCCGAACCGUUACCCAUGCAGUUCAGAGAAUCAACCCUUGAACACCAUCAUCCCCGCCUACGAGACAAUGUGGCGGGUGGUUUUGCUCACAUAUGUCUCUGUCGGGUUUAGAGAUGUGGGCCAAGAAAUAACUCAGCAGUUCCAAAAGGUCUCUCAGGAUGUCCACGAAUAUUGCGCAACGGAAGGUAACAGAAUCCUAAGCGAUAUGUCAAUAAAUUUUGCCAAGGAGGGACUAAGAUUGUAUCCCCCGACAAAGCGAAUCCAUCGCAAUAUCCCAGAUGGUAGAAAUGGUCCGUUUAAUGUGAAGGCGGAUAUCGAGUGGUGCCAUAGAGAGAAACAAAUUUGGGGGUUGGAUGCCGAGCAGUUCCGUCCUUCUCGGUUCCAGGACUGGACCGCAGACAUGAAAGAUGCGUAUAUGCCAUUCGGCGCCGGUCUGAAUCAAUGUCCAACGGCGAGAACGUUCUCAUAUCACGCCAUAGUCAUUCUAGUGACCGCGCUUGCUAAACGCCUAGGUACUAGAGAAUAUGGCUCCAGGGUGGUCUUUAACGAUUCGAGGUUCGAUAUGGACCCGACGGAAUUAUUGCCUUCGGGUAGAAUGGAUAUGGAGGAUUGGGUGCUCCAGAUGGAUGGGACUGAGUGGCUGGGUCGGGCGAUGUGAGGGGUAAGGGGGGAGGAAGAUUCACCGAGGAUGAGCUUUGGGGAUGGAAAGGAUAUUUCACCGGCGCCGAUUGCUGAAGAUAUCCAAAGACAUCAUAAGGAACUAAGAUGUGAACAUUAAUUCCAAUUCGAAGGAGCAAAUUGUGCUCAGAUGUAUUAGUAUGAUCUUAUGUAGGUAGACAUUUAUCUACCAGGUACUUACAUGGACAGCCAUGGACACGAAGACUAUUUUUGGAUUUGAUACUUACCGUCAUUACACCACCGUUACACUUUAAGACCGGUGAAGGUUUUCAUUAGUCUUCGAUUCUCCGGUAAUCUCCAGAUUGGAUCCCGUCUGUCGAUCUUGGCACUGCGGGAUGCCCGAGUUUGCGUCGAUCUACUGCAGCCGCAGGCGCUGUCAUUGCAGAUUUCCGCUGUCUCAGUUCCCUGUAGCAGUCUAGUAGAGGCUUGAUCCCAGUAACAAAGGAUGAUUGCCAGCUAUAGCGAGACAAGGAUUCUCCAAGAUUUUCUAGC